AUGAAGUUUUUCACUGUCUUCGCUUUGGCUCUCGCCUCUGUAGCUAUGGCCGCUCCCACCCCUAGCACUUCGACCAAAGAAACGCCCAAAGAAUAUGGAUUACCCGACAACCCAGAAUGCCCUAAAUCAUUAUGUAAAGCGACUUGUGGAGAUAUCGUAAGUACCAGAUCUGCCCUAUGCCCAUACAACACAAUAACUAAUCAUCACCACUAUAGCCGAUCACUACAGCCCAGUGCGAGGAAGAAAAAGGAAAAAUGUCAAGCUGCGUCUGCGGAUGGCCUAUCAGCAAUGGAUCUUAAUCCGCAAAACUUGUAUGAUGCUGCGGGCGGCUGA